GCUUAGCUGCGAAGGGACCCAGGAGAGCCAGCGCAUUUGUUCUGAAGUGCAACAGCAUCCUGGACACUGCAAACUGACUGUGUUUCAACACUGAAGACCAUGGAGAACUCAUCUGAGGUCACCUUCUUCAUUUUGGCAGCCUAUGGGGAUCUUGGAAAAAUGAAAUAUUUUUAUUUCAGCUUUGUGCUUCUUCUGAAUCUCACAAUUAUUUUUGCAAACAUUACCCUUAUUUCGUUGAUAUUUGUGGAUAGGAGCCUACAUGAACCCAUGUAUGUGUUCAUAGGCAAUUUAUUUAUCAAUGAAUUGUAUGGAAGCACUGCCCUGUUUCCCAUGCUAUUAUUGCAUACCUUAUCAGACACUCAUAAAAUUUCCAGAGCUUUUUGUGUUCUGCAGGUUUUUUGCUUGCACACAUAUGGAUUAAUCGAGUUGUGUAAUUUUGCGGUUAUGGCUUAUGACAGGUAUUUGGCCAUCUGUCAUCCACUGCAUUACAGCAGUAGAAUGAGUUAUUGCAAAGUAUACUCAUUAGUUGUAUUUAUCUGGGUUUUUUCAUUUAUCAGAUUUACAGUAACUCUGUCCAUUCAACUACGGUUACCAUUGUGUGGGAAUAUCAUCCAUAAAGUGUGCUGUGACAAUUAUUCUGUGGUAAAACUGUCUUGCAUAGACACAACUGUAAACAAUAUUUAUGGGCUUUUUGGUACAUUUCUGAGUGUAGCUGUCCCUUUGAUCCCCAUUUUAUAUUCCUAUGCAAAGAUUCUAAGAGUCUGUUUUAAAUCUCCCAAGGAAGCCCAGGUCAAAGCUUUAAAUACAUGCGUUCCCCAAGUAAUAUUACUUGUGAACUUUGCCGUUUCUGGUGCCUUUGAAGUUGUCCAAAACCGAUUUGACAUGACGCAUGUUCCCCAAUUCACUCGUAACGCUUUGACGGUGUAUCUUUUGGCGUGUCCUCAACUUCUUAAUCCGAUCAUGUAUGGAGUCAGGCUGACAAAAAUAAGGACAGCUUUGAAAAACAGGCUGUUUCCUAACAGCUGUGCAGCUAACACAAAAUAAAGAUUUAUAAACGUUGUUUUUACGCCUUCAAGCCAUUGGUUAUUCGUGACAAACUAGGCACAUUUUGCAAUGUGUCAAGAUGGAUGAUGCAAAAACAUCUAACAUAACCAUCUAACAUAGAAUA